AUAACUUAUUACUGAAUAUUACAAUUGAAAACUAUGUUUUAUAUUGAAAGCAAAACAUUAUUGUAUGCAUUGACUGCAAAUUGUGUUAAUCAAGUCGUGUUUACACAAAAUUGUGUUAAUAAUCAUAUUUUUAUAUAUCUCUUGCAUUUUUGAUUGAAUUUAGUUGACCCCAAAACGAGACUAAAAUACUAUAAUAAUUAUAAUCGGGAUAUAAAUUGUGGGAUAUAUAUAAUCGAUAUAUAAAUCAAAUUAUAGUUUGACUAAAAUAAUGUUAUGCUAAUAUUACUAUUUAUUGGAAAGUUGUUUGACAUUUAAGACGCGAUGGGCGAACCAAAUGCAAUGGUAGGCAUUAUCAGGUCAGGGAAUGACAAUUGCUUGAGCACUGGUAGCUCUAGUUUUGGACAAACUGGUGGUUCCAGAGGUCAGAGGGAGGCUAUAAUACAAUUGAGUGAACGAUUACAAUACGAGUCAUACAAUAGCAAUAGGAAUAUAAUAGAUAAGUCUAACGACAGAGGAAUGGGUAGUCAAUGCAAUACUAUGCCAACAGUGCCUCCAAUACCUCCAAUGCCUCGACUCAGAACAAGGACUACAGUUUCAAUUGCACAGAGAGAUAGAGUGAACAAAGAUAAAGAAGACAGAGAGAGCCAGUUUGCCAGCACUGGUAGCAAAACCAGCUCUAAACUGACUGGUAAUACAAACCAUAAUAUCUCGAGCGCAGGCAUUGCAGGCGAUGCCAUUGGGAAUGGGCUGGUGGUAGUGCAAGUAGGGCGAGGUAAGCAUCCAAUACAUACACUACACAACACCACUACCAACACAACCAUCAGAGCUGAUCACUAUUGCAUUGGCACCACUCCAUUGGCAGCACCAGUAGUACCAGUCUCUGAGUCAAAGAGCAACCAGAGCUCCCUUUCCAGUCUUUCCGCGUUUGACAACAAAGCCUUUUCAUGUGAUGGCGAACCACUUGUGGUCGACGCUCAAGACAUACAAACACAUAAUCUUAAUAAUGGAGACCACUGUCUGUCAAACGAUGCCUUAACUAAUAGUGUCCUCAAUAGUGAUCGCUUAGUGACCACCACUUGUGCUAAAAGUAAUGGACUAUUAAAUAAUGAGAGUAUCUCAUCAUCCAGUGAUUGUCUCCAGAAGUUAAAUAAUACAUCAAAGACUUGUUUUAUGAUAACUCGAAAUGAGAGCGAAUGCGCUCUUAAGGGACAACAAUAUUGUUCCUCCAGUGACGACAAUAGUUACGGUCUAAGAGCGCGUAACAAUCGGUCCACCCGUUCAUCGGUUGUCAAACAUAUCGGUGUCUUCUACUCUGAUUUGUGUGAUGUCAUCAAAGCCAUGACAACUGGUGGCAAUCAAUCCAAUAAUAAUAACAUCAAUAAUAAUGGUAAUAAUGCUAAUAAUGGUCAUAACAAUAGCAGAAGUGUACCGCAACAGACCAUAGCAUCGGGAGGUCAGUCACAGCAACAACAACACAAUAAUGCGACCAAUGCUUGCCAUCAACGGACUAGUAUAUCAUCUCCAAUAGUGUCCCAUAAUGUCAAUAAUCAUGUGCCACAACAGCAACAACAACAACAAUCUUCAGCACAACAGUCGCAAUCCCACCCAAUUCAAGCUCAGACAUGUGUAACUUCGAGCCAAAUGUCUUCAUCGCAUGUGAUGUCGAGCCAAACAACACUGAGAAGUCCGACUCAAUCACAAAGCCGUUUGAAUGAAUCGCAAGUUCAUGACUUACCCGAUAUCCUUAACUCCCAUUUGCCUCCUCCUCCUCCUCCCUAUUCAACUCUUCCUUCGCCAUCAAUCCAAUUGCCACCACUAUCACCAUUACCACCAUUAGCUCCAAUUCGUGCACCGCCACCACCUCCUCCACCGCCACCAUUACCUACUGGUCGGCCACCGUUGCCAUCUAGACGUAUAUUACAUGCACCGACAGCUGCAUUGGCUCAUUGUUCGCGACCAAACUAUUUGAGACCUACCUGUGCUGUCAGUGAAACAGAGACUUCAACCUCCAAAACAUGUCUUUCAUGUAAUGGUGUAUCUAUUCGAUGGUUUAUACUAUUGAUUGCAUUUAUAGGACUAUUGUGUUCAAUAAUUGGCACCAUUUUGGGUGCCCUCAGAUCUACCGGUAGGGAACACCUGACACUGGCUCUACUAAUGAUCGGCGUUGGUAUAAUCUUAAUAACUGUGAGUGGGAUUGCAUGGAGGCUGACAUCGACGGGUCCGACCUGGAGGUCCAUAUUAGGUCUUCAUGAGCUCCAUCAACAACAGUCAUUAUGUAACGGCAGUUCACUUAAUGAGGCGUCUCGCCGUUUUGUGCCACGAGUACCGGCGCCUUACGGUCGCACUGGUACUCAUCAUCAUCCGUACGGAGCGAUGUUUUAUCCUGAAUUUCAAUACCGACCGCCACCGCCAUCAUAUCAGGCGUCAAUGCAAGAAUACCGACUUCGGUUAUUAUUGCUGGACAGGACCUCAUCGCACCCGCAGUCUACCUCAUUGUCACCUGUAUCGCCACCACCCACUUAUAGAUCAUCUGCUGCUUCUAGUAUGACCGGAACUUUACCCCGACAGUCACAACAUAAUACAAUACAACGGGCAACCAGUCGUCCUCCCAGCUAUAGGACUGGAGAAGUACAGGCAGUAAUAUCGACGGCACCAUCAUAUCAAACGGCUACCACACAAACGGUGUCACAACCGCAACCAUCAGUACAGAGCCAACCAUCGGCUACACAGAUAAGACAGUCGACUUCAUUGACCACAACAACAGGUGCAUCGACUGCUGUGUCGACCACAAUGACCACUAGUCAGACACAAACACCACUUCCCAAAGCAUGUAAACCUAUGACACAAAAGCCAAGUCAUUAUUCAUCACAACAUGACAUUAAUCGGGUGACAAUACUUCAAACGACAAAUACAUCGCAAGUGUGUACACCUAAUGGUGUCAACAUAGUGGCCAUAACUCCGACCACUAUUAUGUCAGCUAAUACUCCGACCACAACGACAACUAUACCCAAUCUAUCGACUUCUAUAAUAUCUAACAAUGAGGUCCAGAUCUUGGCUCACGUGUAGCUCAUUAUUAGUCAUUAAUACAAACUAUAUUUGAAAUUAUAUAUAAUUGAAUUUAUAUUUUAUUUUAAACAAUUUUAUCAUUUUUAUAUAAUUAUAAAUAUAUUAUUUAGUUAUA